GCUCAAACUAUCUGCAAAAAAAUGGGUAGGGGCUCUCCUUUUUUAUAGAUUUAAGAGAGAUUUGUUUCAAUGGUCGUAGUUAGGGAAAACGGCUAUAAUGGUCUUUUAAGAAAAAGACAAUGUCAAUUAAGAUAUAAUGGGGGAGCUGUUUUGUCAUUUUGGAAAAUGGUAGGCUUGUUUUGGGUCAAUUCCCUUACCACUAACACUAAGCAGCUCAGGUAUAUAAUCCUCACCCUUAAAGCGGCAGGAGAUAAUCCAUUUAAUUUAUGGCCAUGGUUACCGACCUUAUCUCCUGUAUCCCAAAUCCUCGUCGGAAAACCACCAUUUCCGGUCGCUAAACAACCCUACUCUCUCUCUACACUUUGAGUUUCUCUCUCUAAAAUCAAUGGACUACGACGACGACCACGAUGAAGAUGAGGAAGAGGAGAUCGGCUUACCCCAGCAGCCCCAAGAUGGGGGCGACUUCCGAAAUUCCGGCCGUCUCAAAAUGCUCGUCCCGGUGGUUUCUGGCGACUCCUCCGGGUCGGGGAAGCGGAUUCAGUCAAACGUGCGGUACAAAGAGUGCCUGAAGAAUCACGCGGUAAGUAUCGGGGGCCACGCGAUCGACGGCUGUGGUGAGUUCAUGGCGGCCGGAGAGGAGGGGACACUGGAGUCGUUGAAGUGCGCGGCGUGCAACUGUCACCGAAACUUCCACCGGAAGGAGGCCGAGGGAGAAAUUCCGGCACCCCAAUUUGCUGCAUACUAUCGGGGGCUCCCUCCCCCGGCAUCGCACGGGCCAGCGGGGUACCUACAUGUGGGCCCAUCGAGGCAGUCGGCGCUGGCGAUCACGGUGAGGGAGGAGCAGGAAGAGGACGGUGUGCACGCGCUGAAUCCGAUGGGCAAGAAGCGGUUUCGGACAAAGUUCACUCAGGAGCAGAAGGAUAAGAUGCUGGCCUUUGCCGAGAAGGUGGGGUGGAGGAUACAGAAGCAGGAUGAGGCGGAGGUGCAGCGGUUCUGCAUGGAGGCCUGCAUCAAGAGGCAUGUGCUCAAGGUGUGGAUGCACAAUAACAAGCACACCCUUGGUAAGAAACAACAUCAACAGGACCAACAACAACCCUAAUACACACUCUUUCUCUCUCUAAAAAUCCUUCAACUCCAUAACUCUCUUUCUUUCUUGCUGUUCUGGUGUUCUGAUUUUGUUGGUCUCUAUUUGCCAAACACAUCUAGACAGCUCUUGUCCUUCCCACUAAACAAUGAGACAGUGAUGUAGUGAUACAUGACUGUGUCUAUGUAUUUUUAGAGAUAAAUAGGUGCAAAGUUAGGUAGUAUAGUAGUAGUACCCCCAUUCUAUUAUCUCUCCCCCCCCCCCUCUCAGAUGACCUAUUCUUUCUUUAGAGGAUGGCUCUCUCUCUCUCUCUCGGUACUAAGUCCUAGCUCUUUCUCUCUCUACAGAACUACCAUCUCUUUCUCUCUAGAGAUAGACUGUGUUUCAUUGCCUCUCUCUCUCUUCUUUCUCUUCACUCUCUCUAUCUCUCUCUCUCUAAAUAUAUUCAUAUGUAUACUUUUUUUUUUUUUAACACCUAAAGAGGCUGAUAAAAGAAGAUGGGAUUUCCUCCAUCAACGGAUUUGUGUUCAUGGUGCUAGGGUUUUGAGGGAUUUGGGGAAUGAGGAUUGGGAGCAUUGAUGUAAUAUUGGGGAUUGUGGGGAAUGAAUUUGGAAUGGUUGUUAUUAUUGUUAUUGUUAUUGUAUUGGGUAUCUGAUGCUGCUUACUUUGUAGAAGAAGAAGAUUGAACAAAAACAAGUUGCCAAAGUGCAGGUAAUA